AUGCUGGGUUCAGAUGACUUCUUUUAUGUGGGAGGGAGUCCCAGUACUGCCGAUUUACCUGGCUCUCCAGUAAGCAACAACUUCAUGGGCUGCCUCAAAGAGGUUGUUUAUAAGAAUAAUGACAUUCGUCUGGAGCUGUCUCGCUUGGCACGAAUUGGUGAUACUAAGAUGAAGAUCUACGGGGAAGUGAAAUUCAUAUGUGAGAAUGUGGCUACACUGGAUCCAAUCAGUUUUGAGACACCUGAAGCCUAUAUCAGUCUGCCUAAAUGGAAUACCAAAAGGAUGGGCUCCAUUUCCUUUGAUUUCCGAACCACUGAACCCAAUGGACUAAUCCUUUUCACGCAUGGUAAGCCCCAGGAAAGGAAGGAUGCCAGGAGCCAGAAAAAUACAAAGGUAGACUUCUUUGCAGUGGAACUUCUAGAUGGGAACCUCUAUUUGCUGCUGGACAUGGGCUCUGGGACCAUUAAAGUGAAGGCCACCCAGAAGAAAGCCAAUGAUGGAGAGUGGUAUCAUGUGGAUAUUCAACGAGAUGGAAGAUCAGGUACUAUAUCAGUGAACAGCAGACGUACCCCAUUCACUGCUAGUGGGGAGAGUGAAAUCCUGGAUCUGGAAGGUGACAUGUAUCUGGGUGGGCUCCCUGAGAACCGAGCAGGACUCAUCCUUCCCACAGAGCUCUGGACAGCAAUGCUGAACUAUGGCUACGUCGGCUGUAUCCGAGACUUGUUCAUUGAUGGACGAAGCAAGAACAUCCGGCAACUGGCAGAGGCACAGAAUGCAGCAGGAGUCAAAUCCUCCUGCUCCCGCCUCAGCACCAAGCAAUGCGAUAGCUACCCAUGUAAAAAUAACGCAGUCUGUAAGGAUGGCUGGAACCGCUUCAUUUGUGACUGCACUGGCACUGGCUUUUGGGGUAGAACGUGUGAGAGAGAGGCCUCCAUCCUGAGUUAUGAUGGCAGCAUGUACAUGAAGAUCAUCAUGCCUAUGGUCAUGCAUACAGAAGCAGAAGAUGUGUCCUUCCGUUUCAUGUCUCAGCGUGCCUAUGGGCUGUUGAUGGCAACCACCUCAAGAGAUUCUGCUGAUACUCUACGCCUGGAGCUGGAUGGGGGCCGUGUCAAACUUAUGGUCAAUUUAGACUGUAUCAGGAUAAACUGUAACGCCAGCAAGGGACCUGAAACUCUUUAUGCUGGGCAGAAGCUCAAUGACAACGAGUGGCACACUGUCAGAGUAGUUCGUCGAGGAAAGAGCCUCAAGCUGAUGGUGGAUGAUGAUGUUGCUGAAGGCACAAUGGUUGGUGAUCACACCCGCUUGGAGUUCCACAACAUCGAGACAGGGAUAAUGACGGAGAAACGGUACAUUUCUGUCAUCCCUUCCAGCUUCAUUGGCCACCUCCAGAGCCUUAUGUUUAAUGGGAUGCUCUACAUUGACCUAUGCAAGAAUGGUGAUAUAGACUACUGUGAGCUGAAGGCACGCUUUGGUCUCCGCAAUAUUAUAGCUGACCCUGUGACAUUCAAGACCAAGAGCAGCUACCUGAGCUUGGCCACCUUGCAGGCUUACACAUCCAUGCACCUCUUCUUCCAGUUCAAGACCACCUCAGCUGAUGGUUUCAUCCUCUUUAAUAGUGGUGAUGGCAAUGACUUUAUUGCAGUUGAACUAGUGAAGGGGUAUAUACACUAUGUGUUUGACCUUGGAAAUGGACCUAAUGUUAUCAAAGGCAACAGUGAUCGUCCUCUUAAUGACAACCAGUGGCACAACGUUGUUAUCACCAGAGAUAAUAGUAACACACACAGCCUAAAGGUGGACACUAAGGUGGUCACUCAGGUUAUCAAUGGUGCUAAAAAUCUGGACCUUAAAGGGGAUCUCUACAUCGCUGGCCUAGCUCAAGGCAUGUAUAGCAACCUCCCAAAGCUAGUGGCCUCCCGUGAUGGAUUUCAGGGCUGCCUAGCAUCUGUGGACUUGAAUGGGCGUCUGCCUGAUCUAAUCAAUGAUGCUCUGCACCGCAGUGGGCAGAUUGAGCGUGGAUGUGAAGGACCAAGCACUACCUGCCAAGAAGAUUCCUGUGCAAACCAGGGCAUCUGUAAUCAGCAGUGGGAAGGCUUCACAUGCGAUUGUUCCAUGACUUCAUAUUCUGGAAGCCAGUGUAAUGACCCUGGUGCCACAUAUAUUUUUGGGAAGAGUGGAGGUCUCAUCUUGUACACCUGGCCAGCUAAUGACAGACCAAGCACAAGGACAGAUCGUCUUGCUGUGGGCUUCAGUACAACAGUGAAGGAUGGCAUCCUUGUUCGGAUUGACAGUGCGCCUGGGCUUGGUGAUUUUCUGCAGCUUCACAUAGAACAAGGCAAGAUUGGUGUAGUCUUCAAUAUCGGCACAGUGGACAUCUCUAUUAAGGAGGAAAGCACACCUGUAAAUGAUGGCAAAUAUCACGUGGUACGCUUUACCAGGAAUGGUGGCAAUGCCACACUUCAGGUUGACAGCUGGCCAGUAAAUGAACAUUACCCAACAGGACGACAGUUAACGAUCUUCAACACCCAGGCACAAAUAGCCAUAGGAGGGAAGGACAGAGGGCGUCUCUUCCAAGGCCAGCUCUCCGGUCUCUAUUACAAUGGCUUGAAAGUGCUGAACAUGGCAGCAGAGAACAACCCCAACAUUAAAAUCAAUGGAAGCGUCCGACUUGUUGGAGAAGUCCCUUCCAUUUUGGGAACAACACCCACGACCUCUGUGCCACCAGAGAUGUCUACUACAGUCAUGGAAACCACAACUACAAUGGCCACCACUACAACCCGAAAAAAUCGUUCACCACCCAGCAUCCAGCCGACAACGGAUGACAUUGUUUCAUCAGCUGAAUGUUCUAGUGAUGAUGAAGACUUCAUUGACUGUGAGCCCAGUACAGCAAACCCCACGGAGCCGGGAAUCAGACGGGUUCCGGGGGCCUCAGAGGUGGUCCGUGAGUCGAGCAGCACAACGGGAAUGGUCGUCGGCAUUGUGGCUGCUGCCGCCCUCUGCAUCCUCAUCCUCCUGUACGCCAUGUACAAGUACAGGAACAGGGACGAGGGGUCCUAUCAGGUGGAUGAGACGCGGAACUACAUCAGCAACUCGGCCCAGAGCAACGGCACGCUCUUGAAGGAGAAACAACAGAGCUCAAAGAGCAGCCACAAGAAACAGAAAAACAAAGACAAAGAGUAUUAUGUGUAAAAAAGAAUACUUAUUUAUAUAUAAAUAUAUAAAUACUUAAUGAGAUUUAAUUGAAAUAUCAGAACCAUUACAGUGAAAGAGAUUGGGAGAUAUCAUUUGUGGGAAAAAAGUAUUGGGAAAAAAAAAUUCAGCAGUGACUGUUAAUAUCUCAGUCAUCGCUUGAAGUCAGCAAACUCUACCCUAAUGUAUUAUAAAGCACACUUAGCAUUCUGGAGAUGGCGUGUACAACUCUACCCUGUUAGCGGACUUGGACAUCUCCAAAUCUCCUCCUCCGCUGAACUUUCUGCAAAGGUAGAAGACUUCAUGGCUUACUUGUUUCAUAUCUCCAAGUGAGUCUUUAACUGUUUGUGAUCCCUGACUGUAUUGAUAAUUUUUCAGUUUACUUAUUUAAAAAAAAGGCAGGAAAAAGAAAAAAAUACAAAUACUAUAAAUAACAAAAAUAUUGAACAAACUGCUCUGGCCUUGUCCAGCAUAAAUAUAAUUUUUUGAGACUGGAGGAGGGGAAUAAAUGAUUUUGGAGAUUGUUGGGUUUUGGUUUGGUUUGGUUUGGUUUCUUGGGUUGGGUUUUUUUUUUGAUUUUGUUUACUUUUUGGUGU